UCCGUUCUGGAAAAGUGAAUGGAGAAAACUUGUAAUACAACAUGAGGACAGGUAUGGCGCUGUUUUCGGAAACAAAUAGCUCUGUUUUCUAUUUCCUUUUAACAAACUCCUAGGAUCCAGUAACAUUCAUCUGAUGGACGGCACAGAGGAUCAGAAUCCGCUGACAUAGAAACCAUCUGGGCGUCAAGUUCUGCUGAGAGAAAAUAUAGCUGGAACAAUUCCUGGCGCCCCGGCUGGUGGCAGGCACCAACUCUGGAUACCAUGUUUCUGGCAGUAAUUCUCCUUCUCUGUGUCUCCAUUCCUAUCACAUAUGGACAAGUCAUAGUCUCCCAGGUUAUGCCAAAUUAUGGCAGUAUGAACGGAGCAACAAGACUCACAAUCAAAGGUCGAGGCUUUGCAGCAGCCAAUCAGUUCAACUAUGGAGAUGGAAACACAAAUCGGGGGAACAGCGUCCAGCUUGUUUCAUCGACCCGUUCAUUUCCUUGUGAUGUGGAGAAAGAUGCCAGUCACUCCACACAGAUCACCUGCUAUACCAGACCCAUGCCAGAAGAUCAAUACACAGUGAGAGUGAGCGUUGAUGGUGUUCCUGUGGAGUUAAAAAACCACUGUGGUGAUUACUCCCAGUACUGGUGGUGGGUGUGGAUAUGUGGGAUACAGAUACUACAGUGGUCCACUCCACAGAUUAACAGUAUAACACCGUUGUCUGGACCUCCAGGUUCUCUGAUCACAAUCACAGGCAGGAUUCUCACUGAUGUCUAUGGCAGUAAUUCUGCGCCAAGUUCUAAUGGAUAUAAUGCCAGGGUCCUCAGGGCUUAUGCUGGAGGAAUGCCAUGUAACCUGCUCGUACCUAAUUCGGAUAAAUUGUAUGGGUUGGCGCUAGACUAUGAAUACAGUAGUUAUGGUCACAUGAUCUGCCACAAUACCGGGACAUAUAUCGGACAUCUCAAUAUCAGUUUCAUCCUUGACAGUUAUUUUGGAAGGAGUUUACCAGGCGUGUCCACAUAUUUUGUUUCUUCUGUGAAUAAACUUGCCAUGUACCAGACGUAUGCAGAGAUUACAGGGAUCUUCCCCUCGUCUGGAGGUAUACAAGGAGGUACAAUAAUCACAAUAUCUGGACGGUAUUUUGAUAAAACAAAUGCUCCAGCCAAAGUCCUUGUAGGAGGAAAAGAAUGUCAAAUUCUUAGAUUAACAGAUGCAAAAAUAACUUGUAGGAGUCCACCAAAGCCGCCUGUUCUGCCUUCGCUUUUCCCAGGAAGCCGAGGACUGAAGGUAGAGCGAUGGAAUGUCAGCAUAUCACUAACUGAUGCACUAAAAUUGAAUGAAAACUCCACUGGAUAUGCCGGUUUUUCUUGGAAUGAUGGUACAUCCAAAUCUUGGCCUUCGGAGACCAACAUCUUUGUCACUCGAUUCAGUGGAUUCUUUGUGCCUUCGGAAACAGAUUAUUACAAUUUCUAUAUAAAAGGAUUUAAUUCUGCUCUGUACUUCAAUGAGUCUGGUGAUCCUUCAGGAAAGGUGCAGAUUGCUUAUAGCUACAGCACAUAUAGUUAUAGCUCGUAUUCAUCUCAACAGUCAAAGACUUUUUACCUUCAGGCGGGCAAGCCGUGUUACUUUGAAGCAUAUUUUCAACAAUACUGGGGAUUGCCAGCUGAUGUUGGUUUAUACAGUCGGAAGAGUUCAUACAUAGAACAGCAGACAGCUGACGCAGUGAAUGAAGUACAGAAUAUACAGACACGGAGUGCAAGAAACCUAGAAACACAGGUUAUAACUCUGCAGAACUGGAACACAGCCCAACAAGCAAUACAGGAGGUUCAGCAAAUCACUGUUACCAAAGACUGUAUUCCUCCAUGUCCUGCCAUAUAUUACAGACUCAUCUAUGGCAAUGAAAGAACAGAUCUACUUUCCGCUGAUGUGACCGCUCUGGACAUUGAAGCAGCAUUAAAUAACUUAUGGUCUAUAAAGCCAGAUACAGUCAGUGUUCAACAGGCAUCUACGGAUACAGAAAAUGUCUAUAAUGUGACCUUCAAUUCACAAAGAGGUGAUUUCCAACUUCUUUCCUAUGAAAUUUUGGAGGAAAGUUACUUGACGGUGGAUAUUGAAGAGAUAACUAAAGGUGUUCCUGACAUGAAGACCUUCACCUUAGUUUGGGAUAAUGUAUAUUCCCCAGCUCUGCCAAGAAACGCAACUUCUGAAGAGAUGAAAAACGCUUUGCUCGAAAUCCUAAGCUCACAGUGUGCGGAUGCAUUAGCUAAACAGAAGGAAAGUUUAUCGGUCAAGUAUUUCAGGAAUUAUGAAACAGAUUUCACCGAGUGGUCUGUCAGGGGCACUGUGACCAGUGAGACUGAAGCAUUCUGUGGACGAUAUUCCUUGAAGAAUCCAAACGCACUCUAUUAUUAUAAUGAACUGAAGCCAGGAACUUCAUCAACGUAUGGUUAUAUCUCACUGUCUAUAUAUAGCCAGCUUUGCUUUGCCUACAAAGGAUAUCUCUCAAAAGCAAUCAAUCUGGAUUUUCAAUAUGAAGACAACAAAAAACCAAAGACCACCUUAAGCAUAAGUGAUAAUUUUAGCUAUGACUUUGCUCAGGGAAACAGCUGGACAUAUACCUGUAUAGAUUUGCUGGAACUUGUGAAAACCAAAUACUCGGGCAGAAAUUUCAAUGUGCUGAAUAUUAACCUAAUGCCAAGCCAAGAUUUGUAUAUAGACGUCCUGUACAUCGGGCAGACACAAACUGUAGAUGAUACCAAUGUAAAUAGGAGGAGACCUGCUUUGUCGGAAAAUGGAGUCUUCAUCCAGGAUGUCAGUGUGAGCAAUUCAGUGGUCGCCUCUAAAAGCCAGUAUACCAUUACUAUAACCCCAUAUAACUGUGGGUACAAUUUUCCACUUUUUGCUGCUGCAUUUGUAGAGAACAUUCUCAACAAUGCAAACUCAGCAAUUUAUUCAAUACCUACUGCAACACAAAAUGCACUGAUCCAAAUAAAUCGUACCCAGACAGCAUCAGCUCCAGUUGGAGGAACAUUCAGUGUUCAAGCUUACAGAAGACAAAUAAAAAAUCUCCCUAUAGACAUCUCAGCCGCUGAUCUGAAAUACGCAUUAGAGGGUAUUCCAGAACUGGGCCAAGUUUCCAUACCUUUUAGAUAUGGAGACUGCAGAGGAUACACAUGGCAAAUAAAGUUCUUAACAGCUGCAGGAUACCAGCCACUGCUACAGAUAAAUAAUUCCAAGGUAACUGGAGAUCAAGCAGAAAUUUAUGCAGUAAAAGUAACCAACGGAGGACUAUUUCGUCAGCGUCUGCUUGGGGAUUUUAUGAGGACACUAAACAAAAAGCCACAGGUUGAAGUCUACAUAAAUGGGAUUCCUUCAAAGUGUUCUGGAAACUGUGACUACACCUGGGAUGCAAAACAAACUCCAACCAUAUAUUCUAUUAAUACAGAUAUCAGUGGAGAAAAUGAAUUGUUGAUAAUAAAUGGAACUGGAUUUUCUAACAGUGGCAGCCAUGACACAACCUAUGUGACAGUUGGAGACCUCACUUGCACCAUUCUUGACAUGACUGAUAAUAAGAUACAAUGUCAGGUUCCAAAAGCAAGUGCUGGAACAUUCCCGAUCUCUGUGUACAUUGCUGGGCUUGGAUUUGCAGUAUCGCUUGGAGGAAACUUGACUUAUACCUACCAGACUAUUGUCUCUUCAAUUAUACCAUCUUCUGGAAGCUCUUCAGGUGGCACAUUAGUAACAAUUUAUGGCUCUGGAUUUAGUAACAACUCAAUGGUAGAACUUGGUGGCAGAAAAUGCACUGUGGUCUUUGCCAAUCUGAGUAUGAUCAACUGCCUCACCUCUGCGGGAGCAGAAGGCUUUGUCGAUGUCACUGUUUUCACGGAAGGAUUCAAUAAAACCUUACAUAAUGGCUUCAGUUUUACGACUUUCUUGGCACCAUCCAUCACUGAAAUCAACCCAAGUACCAGUAGUGUUUUGGGUAAUAUAACCCUGACUAUUUCAGGCUCUGACUUCCAGAAUGAGUCAGUGGACAAUGCUGUGUCUCUUGGGAAUAAACCAUGUCAUCUCUUGGAGUGGACUCCAACUAAAAUAAUGUGUCUUCUGCCUGCACUUCCUCCUGGGAAGUACAAUAUCCUUGUGAAAGUCGGAAACGGGGGAUUUGCAAUAUCCAGCAUGAGCAAUGAUGCAUCAGUUGAAUAUAUUCUGGAAGUGAACAGUAUUGUCCCACAGUAUGGAUCCCUAUAUGGAGGUUCUAGAGUCACACUGGCUGGAUCUGGGUUCAGUGUUGUCCCAAGUGAAAAUAAAGUACAAAUAGGCUCCCUCCCAUGUGGUGUCUCUGUCAGUUCAGUCAAUGAGUUGAUCUGUGUGAUCCAAAGACCUGGUACAGUCUAUACGGUAACAAAUCACGGUGUAGAUUCAGUGCGUGGCCUUGGUUAUGCCUGGUCUCCAUCAAGCCUGGUGAUAUCUACAGGAGACACUGUGGUUUGGAGCUGGCAAGUCCUGCCUUUUAUUACGGGUAUUGGAUACAGAGUGUUCUCCGUGUCAGAUCCUGCCAACUCUACCUAUGAUGGAAUUUCCUUCAACAGUGGGGCUCGUGUACCCUCAGGUGUCUUUCAAUAUCAGUUCACAUUACCGGGUAUUUAUUACUUCAGCAGCGGCUAUGUUGAUGAUGGACAGACAAUACUUAUGCAAGGAGUGAUCACUGUAAUCCCCAUCAGUGACCAGUACAGCCCAGUGAAUGUGUCUAUUGGAGGCAUGGAGGCCACCUAUGCUUCUGGUCUAUUUACCAUCACACAUCCAGGCGACUGCAUCACACCUGAUCCGGAGUGCCCACAAUCCACCUCCUCGCCUCCCAGUAACACGUCUAUAUGGUUUAGAUACUCAGGAUGUUAUUCUCCAGUUAUAACCAGCAUUACACCAAACUCUGGAACAAUCCACGAUGCAAUAACCAUCAGGGGAACCGGAUUCAGUAACAUUACUUGUGCCAACCAGGUUUCAGUUGGCGCCUAUCCUUGCGUUGUGUCUUCUGCUGACAAGAAUUUAAUAACAUGUAAGGUGGAUCCUCAGGACUCAAUGGAUAUUGGAGUUGCAGAAUUGGUGUCACUUACAGAAAACAACCUGGGCAAUGCCAUCAAUACAUUAGGAAAUGAGAUGGACAGGCGAUUUGUUUUGCUACCCCAUAUUGACUUUAUCUCACCAGUCAAUGGAUCAGUUACAGGAUCUACCAGACUUACCAUACACGGGUCCGCCUUUGGGACUAUAAAUAGCAGCAUCACUGUGUCUGGGUUAGGUUGUGACAUUGUAUCUGUAAAUUACACAGAUAUUAUAUGUGAUACUCAACCUAGUUAUUCACACAGCGUUGCUGUUGGGGUAAAUGUGAAGGGAAUCACCACUCAGUGCCUGCAAUCCUGCAGCUUCACCUAUUCUAGUGCACUCACACCAGAAGUAUCCAGCGUUUCUCCCACUGUAGUCCGAAACUCCACCACAUUCUACAUCAAUGGACUUCGCUUUGGGGACAUUGCUAAUGAUGUAACUGUUUAUGUCGGGGACAUAGAAUUAGAUGUAGUAGAUGUCAAUGACACAGAUAUAACGUGCAACAUAGACCCCAUUUCUGCCGGAAACUAUAUUGUCAAAGUUAUUGUGAGAAGUAAAGGCUUGGCUACUGGGGCUUUCACUGUGAAUAGUCCUGCUGAAGCCACUCUCUUGACACCUUCUGGAAGUGUGUUAGGUGGAACUCUUCUGCUUAUACAAGGAAAUGGAUUUCAUCCUUCCAACACCACUGUGCAGGUUGGUGGUGCACCAUGUCAGGUUACCGCAGUAACCUCUUAUAGUAUCCGGUGCAUUACUCCUUCCAGCACCAAUGCCGAAUCUGCUGCCGUGAUCAUCAGUGUACCAUCUGCUUCUUACCCAUCGCUCACCUUCUCCUACUCAGAGUCCGAAACCCCAGCUGUAACUUCAGUUCUUCCGAAUAGAGGAAUACCAGGAACUACAAUCACAUUGACGGGUUCUAGUUUUGGUUUGGAUGCCUCUAAAUUGACAGUGACCAUUGGCAAUGCAACCUGCUCUGUCACAUUAGUGUCUGACAGCGAGCUGAACUGCACUACAGGACAAUACUGGGGCGGCACAUUCCCUGUAACAUUGCAAAAUGAGAAGGGGUUGGCAAGAUCCAGUGCAAGGUUUACCUAUGAACUUAGUAUGACUGGGGUGUCUCCAAAUGAAGGCAGUUUUGGUGGAGGAUUAACUCUUACAAUCUCUGGCUCCGGAUUUGAUAGUCAGCAAUCCAAGGUGUUUGUGUGCAACUCUGAAUGCAAAGUGAUCCAACAGAGAUCAGAUACAAGUUUUCUGUAUUGUGAAGUGCCCAGAAAUGAUACUAAUACCUUUUCCCAAAGCUGUAACGUCAUGGUGGCGAAUGGAGAUUACUCGGUUCAGAUUAAUGACUCCUUUACAUACUCCUCCGCAUUAACCCCUGUUAUAUAUGACGUCACCCCCAAGAGAGGAGGCACUGCUGGUGGAACCAGACUCACAAUCACUGGAUCCCAGUUCAGCACCAACAUCACCGCGAUCACUGUCACCGUAGCACAGGCCAUAUGUGAUGUCCAAUCAGCUAACAGCACAAGCAUUGUAUGCAUAACCAAUGCACAGUCUCCUUCACAAAGAACCAAAGUCAGAGUACACAUUGACGGCCAAGGAAUUGCUAAAAUGGACAAUGCAGACUUUUUCUACAUCGAUGUCUGGUCUUCUAAAUACACCUGGGGAGGAGAAUCUCCACCAGAUGAGGGGUCCAUGGCGGUUAUCACAGCAGGGCAGACAAUAUUGCUGGAUGUUAGUACACCAGUAUUGAAGAUGUUGCUAAUUCAAGGAGGAACCCUGGUUUUUGAUGAAGCAGAUAUAGAGCUGCAGUCGGAGAACAUCCUCAUUACAGAUGGAGGAACUCUGCAGAUUGGAACUGAGGAAGCUCCAUUCCAGCACAAAGCAAUAAUUACUCUUCAUGGCCAUUUGCGUUCUCCAGAAUUACCAUUGUAUGGGGCUAAGACGUUAGCAGUGAGGCAAGGGAUCCUGGAUCUUCAUGGCAUUCCUGUGCCUGUCACAUGGACCAGACUUGCUCAGACAGCAGAGUCAGGGAGCUUAAGCCUAAUUCUACAGCAAAGUGUGACUUGGAAUGCUGGAGAUGAAAUUGUGAUCGCAUCAACAGGUGGCAGACAAAGUCAAAGUCAGAAUGAGAAGCGGACUAUACAGUCUGUAUCUGCAGACGGCACAAAUAUCACCCUAACUGAGCCAUUACUGUACAAACAUUUGGGGAUCUCAGUCACUCUACCAGAUGGCACUGUUUUUGAGGCCAGGGCAGAAGUAGGUCUGCUUACGAGAAACAUCCUUGUCCGAGGGUCCACCAAUGUGGAAUGGAGCGACACAAUACCAGCCUGCCCUGAUGGAUUUGAUACAGGUGAAUUUGCCACACAGACGUGUUUCCAGGGAAGAUUUGGUGAAGAAGUAGGAAGUGAUCAAUUUGGGGGAUGUAUAAUGUUUCAUGCUCCACAACCAGAUAGACUUCAGUCCAUUGGAAGAAUAGAAUAUGUGGAGGUUUUCCAUGCAGGACAAGCUUUCAGGUUAGGCCGGUAUCCAAUACAUUGGCAUUUAAUGGGUGACGUCCAGUAUAAAUCCUAUGUACGAGGUUGUGGGAUUCAUCAAACUUACAACAGAGCAGUGACCAUUCACAACACUCACAACCUGCUUGUAGAAAAGAACGUCAUCUAUGAUAUCAUGGGAGGGGCGUUCUUUAUUGAAGAUGGCAUUGAGCAUGGAAAUAUACUCCAACACAACUUGGCUGUAUUUGUGCGGCAAAGUACCAGCUUGCUCAAUGAUGACGUUACCCCAGCAGCGUUUUGGGUUACCAAUCCAAAUAAUACAAUAAGGCAUAAUGCCGCUGCCGGUGGAACACACUUUGGCUUUUGGUACAGGAUGCAUGAUAACCCAGAUGGACCUUCCUAUGACCCUAAUAUUUGCCAGUACAAAGUGCCAUUGGGAGAGUUCUACAAUAACACUGUUCAUUCUCAGGGAUGGUUUGGAAUUUGGAUUUUUCAAAAUUACUUCCCAAUGGCCAUGACAGAUCAGAGUCAAUCUUGCUAUUAUUAUUAUACACCAUCCCCGGCUAUUUUCAGAUCUUUGACCACUUGGAAUUGUCAGAAAGGAGCAGAAUGGGUAAAUGGAGGUGCUAUCCAGUUCCAUAACUUCUUCAUGAUCAAUAAUGAGGACUCUGGCAUAGAAACCAAAAGAGUUGUUUCAAGUUAUGUUGGUGGAUGGGGAGAGACCUAUGGAGCUGUCCUCAAAAGUGCUAUAAUUGUGGGACACCUGGAUGAACUAGGACUUGGCCCUAACUUCUGCACUGCUCGAGGCAUUACCCUCCCAUUUGAUGAAGGACUCACUGUUUCAUCUGUAAAGUUCAUAAAUUUCGACCGACCAAACUGUGCAGCCAUUGCUGUUACAUCUAUUGCUGGGUUGUGUACUGACAGAUGUGGAGGCUGGAGUGCAAAAUUUAAUGGAAUACAAUACUUCAACUCCCCCAACAAGGCAGGAUUUAGAUGGGAACAUGAAGUUGUUCUAAUUGAUACAGACGGGACACUAACAGGAAACAUAGGAGCAAAGGUGGUACCAAAAAGUGGGCUACUUGAUCCUUCCCAGUGCAGCCAAGGCAGUGACUGGAGUGUUGGCUUCCCUGGAUACAUCUGUAAUUCCUCCAUCAGUUUCCACAGAUUGGCUUUUAAUAACCCAUCUCCUUAUACACUUUAUGGAAAGGAUGUCAAUAUUUCUAAUUCUUUUGGCUCCAGCAUUGUACCUUACCUUACAAAACGUUUGACACACCCAAGUGGAUGGAUGGCCUUGUUACCCAAUGCAAAUUCCUACAACUGGUAUUUCAGCAAUGUUGAUUUCAUCACAGACAUCACCUACUCAUCUACCUUCUAUGGAUUUAAGAGUGAGGACUACGUGCUGAUAUCCCAUAAGCUUACUCAGGAGGCUGACAUGUUCCAAAUAAUUGAUAUUCGCAAUGGAUCUAAACAGCCAUUGAGCUGGAGCAAUAACAGCAAUGGAGACUGGUACUUUGCUGCUAACACAACUACAGUGACUUAUCUAGUCUCUGGAAAACACAGAGUUCUGAGGCGUUCUGUGGCUGGGAUGCUGGACACAGCUAUGUCAAACACCAAUGUAAACUUUAAGGUCUACCAAUGCUAUUUUAAGAGCUGUAUUGCACCUCCUGUAACUCAAGCUCCAGUCACCAAUACUCUAAGUGGCGGCGGAGGAACAGGAACACCUAGUUGCACUAUAUGUUUAUGGUCAGAUCGUUCCUUCUGGGAAUCAUCACCAGAAAACAAUUAUGCUGUCCCAAAAGAAGGAUCCAAUGUUGUGAUCCCAGCAGGUAAACGGGUUAUAGCUGAUGUAGAAAUCCCAUCCCUGAAUAAACUUACUAUUUAUGGCACUUUGGAGAUGAGAAAUCUUACAGAUAAUUCUACAGCCUGGUCUGUACCCACAUUCAAAACAACUGUACUAAGUGCUAUAUACAUUUAUAUCCAGGGUGGAAGAUUGAUAGGAGGAACAGAGGCGGACCCAUUCCAAGGAGAAUUACAGAUUGUACUAAGAGGAAAUCAUUCAACCCCAGAGUUUGUUUUGCCAAAUGGACCAAUCCCAGGCUCAAAGGUUUUAGGAGUGUUUGGUCAGCUGGACCUACAUGGACUUCCUCGCUCUAUUUAUAGAACGAAGCUGGCAAAAACAGCAUUAACGGGAUCACAGUUCAUCACAGUCUCACAGCCAGUAGACUGGAAGGUGGGAGAAGAAAUUUUGAUCACUACAACCAGUUAUAAUCCCUGGCAGACGGAAAUCAGGAAAAUCACUAAUGUUUCUGAUGACCAGAUGACCCUCACUUUAAAUGUAUCCCUCAGCUUCAACCACUCUGCUAACACCUAUCAAGUUCCAGACAGGACCCUAAAUUACACUCUGGCAGCUGAUGUUGCUUUACUUACUAGGAAUAUUAAGAUCGUUGGAGAGGACUACCCUGGUUGGUACAGUGAAUCAUUUGGAGCUCGAGUUCUUGUCAGCACAUUUACAGACUUAGCAGAAUAUCGAGGCAGUGCAAGAAUUGAAAAUGUGGAAUUUUCCUACACUGGGCAGGAAGGUUAUGGAGAUCCCACAGACCCACGGUACUCAUUGGCUUUCCUUAAUCUUGGAGAAAUUUCAACAAACGAAUCCUAUGUUAGAGGAUGUGCCUUCCACAAUGGAUUUUCCCCAGCUAUCGGUGUGUUUUACACGAAUGGACUCGACAUUGAUGACAAUGUUAUUUACUUCACUGUAGGAGAAGGAAUAAGAGUGUUGGGAGAACGUGUAAACAUAAGGGGAAAUCUUGUUGCUCUUGCCAUUUGGCCUGGAACAUACCAGGGCCGCAUGGAAGCAAACAAUCUGCUGUGGCAUGGGGGAAUAGAGAUCAAUGAAGGAACUGACAUUGUUCUCCAGAAUAAUGUGGUUGCUGGGUUUGAAAGAGCUGGAUAUCGUAUUAAUGGAGAAUCUUGCCAAAAUGUCACUAAUCCCAGUCAGCAGUGGUUUAACAAUGAAGCCUAUGGCGGGUUAUAUGGUAUCUAUAUGAAUCAAGACGGGCUCCCCGACUGUACACUAAUAAAAGGAUUCAAUCUAUGGAAAUGCUGGGAUUAUGGCAUCUACGUCCAGACCAAAUCCUCAGUGCAUAUCUCCAAUGUGUUUCUAGCAGACAAUGGAAUGGGUAUAUUUACUAUAAUAUAUACACCCCCAUCAGUCACUCACCAGACAUCUAACAAAACAGUCCAGAUCUCGAGAUCGUUGCUGGUGGGAUCUAGUCCAGACUUUGACUGCAGUGAUGUCCUGACAAAAACUGAUCCCAAUGUCAUGCUUACUGCUCAGCACCGCAGUGCCAGACCUCUGACAGGUGGUAGAAGUGGCAUUUGCUGGCCCACAUUUGCCUCUGGCCAUAACUUGGCACCUGGACACUCAAAUGCAGGAAUAACAAACUACAAUGCGAUCAGUGGCCUCAUGACUGUAGAAGAUACAACAUUUGUGGGUUACAAACCUGUGUGUUCUGGACAAUCCAAUGUAAUGUUCAUAACUAACCCAGAAAAUGAAGAUUUGCAGCAUCCAGUGCAUGUCUCCAGAAUAACAGUGUUGGACAGUUCGGAGAAUCAGACAGUCUUUGUCCAUCGGGCAGAUGUGUCGAAGGCCAAUCCAUCCGACUGUGUGGAUAUGACCUGCGAUGCUAAAAGGAAGACACUGUUGAAAGACCUUGACGGUUCUUUCCUUGGGAACAUUGGGGCUGUAGUCCCACAGUCAGAAUACCAGUGGAAUGGAGACACGAGGUACGGUCUUGGAGACUACAGGAUUCCUAAAGUCAUGCUGACUGCGUUAAAUGGAAGUCGAAUCCCUGUUUCACAUUUGGCACCAUAUAAAGGUGUUAUCAGGGAUAACACAUGUGUAUACAUGCCGACCUGGGAGAGCUACAAAUGCAGCGGCCUGAAUUAUGAGAUGCUUGUUAUUGAGAGUCUUGAUCCUGACACUGAGACACGACGCCUCUCACCCGUGGCUAUAUUGUCGGAUGGCUAUCUUGACCUUAUCAACGGACCCCAAGACCAUGGCUGGUGUUCCGGAUACACCUGUCAGAAGAGAGUCUCCUUGUUUCACGCUGUAGUGGCUACAAACAAGUCAUAUCAAGCUUUUUUUACCAGCACGAGCCCCCAGAAACUCCGGCUAAAACUACUUAACACAGACAACACAAAAUCUGUCAUCGUGGGAAUCUACUAUUCAAAUCCUCAACGAUUGGAUGUCUAUGUUAAUAAUGUCUAUGUAAGUCCAACAAACAUACAAUGGAAGGGAUCAGACUAUACCUUGCAGGAACCUACUUAUCAGGGACAAUACAUGCCGAAGCUCGGCUCAACGAUUGUGGGAGAAAACUACUUUGACAAAGACUAUAACAUGCUGUACAUCCUGGUCAGAGGAUCCACUCCAGUUGAAAUACGCACAUCUCCUCUCAUUGUUAUUUCAUUCAAGAUGCCGGCAAUGACUGAGGAUCAGUUUUAUGGUGCAAAUCUUGUCCAGAACCUUGCAAUUUUCUUGAAGAUCCCAGCAAGCAAAAUUCGUAUUACAAAGAUAAUUAGGGAGGGUUCCAGCCGCAGAAAGAGGGCCACGGGAGGAAUAUCUGUAUCAGUAGAGAUUUCUGACCCACCAGUCCAACAAACCAACUCUUCUUCUUCUAAUGCAACAGAUCCACUGACAUACACAGAUUUCCAGACUAUAAGCCAAGACCUGGCAUCUUCUGCAAUUAAUGGAAGCCUCAGCUCUCAGUUGAAUGUCACGGUGUCAUCACUGUCUGUUUCUGAUCCAGUCCCAUCUCCUAGUGAUCCUGCCUGGAGUCAGGUGGCAGCUGAGCCUGUUAAUGGAACUAAGGCAUCUACUGGAAGUUAUUUGGCUGCUGUAUCUGCGCUCAAAGUCAUCCAACAACCUGUGGCUGGACUUCCCGGAGACUUGCUUUCCCAGCAGCCAUCUGUAAUGGCUGUAGACUCUGAAGAGAACUGUGUCUCUGUAAGCGCAAGUUCAAUGACACUAACAGCAACCCUGAAAUACUCCAACGGCACCACUGUGAGCAAUGGACUGGAAGGAAAUGUCACCAUUCCCUUUGACAGCUGUUGGGCUAACUACACUGACCUUGUUCUUGAAGUGCCAGGAAAUGGAUAUAAGCUAGAAUUUGUGCUAAAUAAUGUCAAUAUACAGACAAGGUCAUUUGAUGCCAAAGUGGGAACUUCUCCCAGUGCUACUCCCACAACAUCCAGCAACACAUCCACCACUGCUCCCAGCGACACAUCGAUUACAACUUCCAGCAAUACUCCUACCACUACAUCCACCACCUCUCCCACCACUACAUCCACCACCUCUCCCACCACUACAUCCACCACCUCUCCCACCACUACAUCCACCACCUCUCCCACCACUACAUCCACCACCUCUCCCACCACUACAUCCACCACCACUCCCGGAACCACUUCAAUUGCUACAAUCAACGUAUACAGUCCAUUGCAGUCAUUGUUAACCUUGUUUGUCACCUUGAUGACUGUGAAUCUAUUAAUGGAUAUGUGGUAAAGACUGGCACAGAGAUAAGAACAUUUCCUGAUGACUGGAUUUUAUGGUCAACGUUGGACUCUUUAACUGUAUACUUGUAAUGUUUGCUGUGUGCUCUCAUGUAAUCUCUCUCUUUAAAAAACAAAAUCAUAAAGAAUAUAUUUUAAUCUCCUAAGGAAUGUUGAUAGGCCCCUGGAGGAUUGUGCCGUGGAAUCAUUCUGUAUCAUUUUUGAAAAUUUGCAGCAAUAAAUUUUCUAAUUUCU